AUGGCCCCCGUAAAGAGACGUCCUCAAACGCGAAGCAAUCACAAGAAGGGGCGUCGUCGUAAACCGAACAUCUCCGAGCUGGUUUACAAGUAUCUCAACUUGGAUGACGGCAAACAGGGCGGAGAAAAGGCGUCAGAGAAUUACGGAGGGAAGUGCAGCUUUUGCAAGCUACAGAAACGCCGCGAAGAAGUUUUGGAUUCUCUGGAUUCCCGGAACACCAAGAACAUGGCCAACAAACGGAAAGAUUCGUCGAGAAAUUCCAAGCUACGUCGCGUGAAACGUCGUCCGACCACCAGGGACCAGACUUUGUCCUCUUGCAUGCACAAAUCCAAUGGAGGAGAAGGAAUUAAGAAAAUGAAGAGAUAUAUCCAGAAAGCACUCGAUUUCGGUGUAGAAUCCGGUUAUCUGAUCCCUAAAGACGCGGCGUACAAGGUUUUGCGCGUUUCCUCGGAUUUAAUGAACGAUGUUAAUCACAAAGCAAGGAAGUCGGGUAGCCCGGUUUCCCAAGCCAGAGGGAAAGGAGCCCGUCAAACCCCGAUCAGAUUCGAGGACUACGAGGUACAGGAUGCUAGGAGAGGUCGGCGAAGAAGAGGACGUAAAAGGCGAAGAAGAUCGAGAAGUGGAUCCAGAAGAAGGAGGAGAUCCCGAAGGAGGUCUCGACGUGGAAGGAGACGCAGCGGAUCUGGAAACGCGGACGAGGUGAUCGAAGUCGAGAACGAGGAGUACGAGUACAAAAAUCAACCGGAGAAGAGGAACACAACGGAAAAUGCAAACAGAGGCGACGAUAAUGAUCGAGUGAAUCAGUCUGACAGGGAAAAAGUAGCGAGUAAGAGGGAUGAUGAAGAAGGCUCGGAUCUGUCCGUCGACGAAGACGAAACCGACGAUGAAGAGGAAAAGAAGAGAGACGACACAACUAAAUCGUAG